AUGACCGACGAGGAUGAACAUCACAAUUUGCACCCAAAUUCCACUACUGGCUAUUUCAACAUCCCAUAUCUGAAAUCGAGGCCAUUUCGUCUAGCACUGUCGAAGCUCGCACCGGGCUGCAGUGCGAGCGCUUCAUCGUCGCUUGCUACGCGAUCGAGCGAUUUAAGGAGCUACGCAUCGCCAAGCAAGAGCUUCCUUCGGCAAAUCAAAUCCUGGGAGUACCAGUCUCGCCCGCUCGGCGCCGAAGACGUCGAGAUCAAGAUCUCGCACUGCGGCAUCUGCGGCUCAGACCUGCACACGCUUGACAGCGGCUGGGGACAGACCACGUAUCCGUGCGUGGUGGGACACGAGAUCGUCGGCGAAGUUACGCAGGCUGGUCCCGACAUCAAGGGCCUGCAGGUCGGCGACCGUGAAGCCGGUAUCAAGGAGGGUGACCGUGUCGACAUCGUGGGCAUUGGCGGCCUGUGCCACAUUGCCAUCCAGUUCGCCAAGGCUAUGGGUGCCGCCUCCCUCGCAACAACCGCUCGUCAAGUCGCCAAGGUCUCUUCCCAGCGCGGCUUCGCUGCUUCCUCACUGAAAGUGGACAAUCCAUACACGGGCGAGACCUUCUGCGAGGUCGAUUAUGACUCGAAGGCUGAGGCGCACGCCAAGCUCGAUGCGGCAGUGAAGGCUCAGCUCGAUUGGAAGAACGUGCCACUCAGGGAGCGUCAGGCGCUGUGCACCAAGUGGAUUGCCGCCCUCAAGAGCAACUCCGAAUCCAUUGCACAUGAGAUCUCUGGCAUGAUGGGGAAGCCUGUGCAACAAGCUCGCAACGAGGUCAACGGUACCAUUGACCGUGCCAAGGCUCUCAUCUACCUCUCCAACGAGGCCCUCCGCACAGAUUCAUUCCCGGAAGAGAAUGGACUGUUCCGCCAGAUCACGCACGAUCCUGUCGGCGUCGUUUAUGUUAUUUCGCACCUAAUGCUCUGCAACUGGAAACAGGCUCCAUGGAACUAUCCUCUCAUGACAGCAGUCAACUCGAUCAUCCCCGCUGUUUUGGCCGGUAACUCGGUGCUGCUAAAGCACUCGCCUCGCACUCCUCUAUGCGGAGAGCACUAUCAAAAGACGUUCGAGCAAGCGGGCUUCCCGAAGAACGUGCUCCAGUCGUCAUUUGUUGAGCACGACACGGCUUCAGAGAUCAUCCAGCGCCCGGAGACGGCAUUCGUAUCGUUUACGGGGUCUGUCCGAGGCGGACGACAAGUACAACAAGUAGCAUCCCAACGCUCCAUCGAUGUGACUUUGGAGCUGGGCGGAAAUGACGCUGGAUACGUGACUGCUGAAGCUGACGCUGAAGCCGCAGCAGAGGGCCUUGUGGAUGGUGUUUGCUACAAUGCCGGUCAGUCGUGCUGCGGUGUGGAGCGGAUCUACGUCCACGAGUCCAAGUACGACCAAUUCUUGGAGAAGGCGAAGAGUUUGUUUGAGGCCUACAACUUGGGUGACCCGACGGACGCCAACACUUCGAUGGGUCCGAUGGCACUUCCUACUGCUCCGGAAAUGCUCGAUGCUCAUGUGAAGGACGCAGUGGCGAAGGGUGCUCUACAGCUGACGGGAAGCGGAAUCUCGGACGCAGCUGGAAAAGGCCGCUUCUACUCGCCUACCCUGCUUGCGAACUGUAAUGACUCCAUGGGCAUCAUGACGGAGGAAUCCUUCGGACCGAUUGUCGGUGUUGAACGUGUGUCAUCGGAUGCUGAAGCCAUCAAGAAAAUCAACGACAGCAAGUACGGACUGACAGCGUCGGUAUUCUCAUCAGACCGUGAGCACGCUAUGGCUCUGGGCUCGCAGAUUAGCGCUGGAACGGUGUACAUGAAUCGAUGCGACGUGCUUGACCCCUAUCUCCCGUGGACUGGCAACCGUGACUCCGGCAAGGGCGUCAGCCUCUCAAAGCACGGAUUCCGUGGCGUCACGAAGCUCAAAGCGUGGAACUUCCGUGUUUAGAGUUUACAGAAAACGAAGGUUGCUCUGCAGGUGGAUAGAUGACUGCAGUGGUGAACAAAUUUCAGACAAGAAAUCAAUCGAUUUGGCAUGAUCCCUUUUA